AUGAACACGCCAAAGAAACAUCAGCUAGAUGAGUACCUAAACGCCGGACGCUCUCAUACAGAUAGCCAUCAGUUUAAACUGGCAAUUGUAAACUUUCAACAAGCCUUGAUAUUAGCCAAAGAACUGAAAGACGGAAAGAAAGAAUCCAGGGGAAACAUUGGGUUAGGUACUGUUUAUAUAUGGGACAAUCAGCUUCAAAAGGCAAUGGAACACUAUGAAAAAGCCUUGGAAAUUGCGAAAAAACAAGGAUACAAACAAGAGGAAACAUGGGCAUACCUUGAGUUAGGAGAUUCUUAUAAAUUGAACAAUCAGAUUCAAAAGGCAAUGAAAUACCAUGAAAAAGCGUUGGAAAUUGCAAAAGAACGAGGAUAUAAACUACAGGAAACACGCGCGUACCUUGGGUUAGGAGGUGAUUAUAGUUUGAACAAUCAGAUUCAAAAGGCAAUGGAACACUAUGAAAAAGCCUUGAAAAUUGCCAAAGAACAAGAAUAUAAACCAGAGGAAACACGCGCUUACUUUGCGUUAGGAGGUGCUUAUAGAUCGAACAAUCAGAUUCAAAAGGCAAUGGAAUACUACGAAAAAGCCUUGGAAAUUGCAAAAGAACGAGGAUAUAAAGUGCAGGAAGCACGCACACACCUUGGAUUAGGACAUGCUUAUAGAUUGAAGAAUAAGAUUCAAAAGGCAAUGGAACACUUUGAAAAAGCAUUGGAAAUUGCCGAAGAACAAGGAUGUGAGCUAGAGGAAAUACGCAUACACCUUGGGAUAGGACAAGUUUAUAGAUCGAACAAUCACAAGGCAAUGAAACACUUUGAAAAAGCCUUGGAAAUUGCAAAGGAACAAGGAUAUAAACAGGAGGAAAUUCACGCAUACCUUAACUUAGGAUAUGCUUUUAUAUUGAACGAUCAGGUUCAAACGGCAAUGAAACACUAUGAAAAAGCCUUGGAAAUUGCAAAAGAACGAGAAUAUGAACACGAGGAAGUACGCGCACACCUUGGGUUAGGAUAUGCUUAUGAAUCUAACAAUCAGAUUCAAGAAGCAACGGAAUACUAUGAAAAAGCGUUGGAAAUUGCAAAACGACGAGGAUAUAAACAAGUGGAAAUACGCACAUACCUUAGGUUAGGGGAAGCUUAUGGAUUGAACAAUCAGUUUCAAACGGCAAUAGGACACUAUGAAAAAGCCUUGGAAAUGGCAAAUGAACGAGGAUAUAAACAGGACGAAACAACCGCAUACCUUGGAUUAGGAGAUGCUUAUAGAUUGAACAAUCAGAUUCAAACGGCAAUAGGACACUAUGAAAAAACCUUGGAAAUGACAAAAGAACGAGAUGAUAAGUAUCGAGAAACAAACGCAUACCUUGGGUUAGCAGAUGCUUAUAGAUUAAACAAUCAGAUUCAAACGGCAAAUCAGCACUAUGAGAAAGCCUUGGAAAUUGCGACAGAACAAGGAUAUAAAGAUUUAGCAGGAGAUGCAAUGGAAAAAUUGUCAAGAUUUAAAGGUAAGCUUAGGUGAAGACCAUGCAGGUUGGUAAGGUUAUAAGUAUUUCGAAAGUAAAACGUUCAAUCUGGCGCUUGAUGUUGCUGUUUUCAAAUUUUCUGCACAUUAAUAUAACAAAAAUGUGUUCGGUUGAGGAGCAUUUUUCAGAUUGUUUUAAAGAAAUUAAUAAAGGAUCGCUAAAAGGUUAGUAUAAAUCCCAAUGUGUAAAGCCCAAGUUUAUCAAACCGUCAAAUGCUAUCCAUGGGCAUCUUGGGUUAAAAAAUUUCUUCUUGGCACACUCAUCUCUCAUGUUGUAAUCAACUCAAGCGGUCAGAGCGAGACUAGUGGAAAGUAACUGACUUCCCGGGUAGCCUGGGUUGUUAGUCUGACUAUAUAAGAGAAAUUUUCAAGACGCAGAAUGACAACUAGGUUGUCGGGAAAAAAUAAAACAUAACCUCCUGUUGGGGGUAAUCGUGAGGUCACCGUAGGAAUUUUCCAUUUCGUAUAAACAGCGAGGUUCACCUGUAAUAAUAAUCAGUGUCACCAUGCCAAUCAGUGUCACACUCACCACGCGAAAAACCUGUUCAAGCGCACGUGUUGUGCUGGCAUCUGUAGUAAUUUUGUAUCGAGUAUUGUUUCCUCGGUUUCUUUUUAACGUUCGUCUUCCAAAUUAACAUUGUUGACAUUUUAAAUUAAGCCAGGUUUUAAAAGCUUUUUUAAGUUCUAGACGAUAAUCACGAUAUGACUGUUAAAGAUGACGUCAAGUCUGUUCUGCGCAUGUGCUAUGUGAGGAUCCCUGGUCAUAAACAAUACCCAAAUUUCGCGUUGUUUCGACAUCUUCUAAAUUGAAACUCUAACCUAUAUUCAUUUAAAAGUACAGCAAACCAGAACGAUGUUAGAUAUUAACUAAGUGCAUCAUAUUUAUGAAUAUAGUGUCUUCAAAAUGUAAACAAACUACACAUCCGCUGAACGGACUUGACCGCCUCAAGUAUUGCCCAUAAGCAGCGGAUCGGAAGUAUUUGCGGAUCCGAUCCGAUCCAACAAUCGAUUUCCAGUAAAAGGACAAGUGGAAUGAUCGGAUAGGAAAAGCUCGUUCCAAUUUCACAAAUCACUAUUUCGCGCAUAUUACAAAUAAGCUAUGAACAAGUAUGUCCUUCAUCUUAUUUUGUUGCGUCGUUGCCAGGGAAGCAGAAGAAAACAAGAAAAAUACAAGCAUGUGGAUAAGAAAAAUGUUUCAGGAUAGACAGCAGUGGAAAAGUGAAUACCACUUAUUGAUACAAGAGCUAAAGCUAUAAAUAUCACCAUGAAUAUUUUUUGAGCAAUUUUAUAUGCUGCGAAGCAAAUUUGAAAAGCUGUUCUACUCUCCAAUUCUUGUAAAUUCUCCCUCGAGUUCUCCAAGAAAGCUUCUAAAUUAUCCCCCAUUUUUAAAAUUUUAUGCAGGUAUUAUUUGAUUAUUUCAAUUUUUGUAAGAUAAUACGGCAUUUUGAAUUUGUCGCCAGGUUUAAUUUGCGGUACCGGACCAAAAAAACCUUUUUAUUAUCGAUCCGGUCAGCAACGUCACCGGAUUAAUCGGAACUAAAAAUGUCUACUGAUGACGCAUGCGCGCGGAUCUUAUUUUGUUCCCAUCCGCUGCCGCAUCGUGUUGAACACGUCGGGACGCAUUUAUAACGAGUGUUUCGCGUGGUGAAUAUCUCAUUUCAUAUUCACCGGAUGUGACGCACACCGACAGUGGUGACACUGGUUGUUACUGGUGAACCUGGCGGUUUACGAAACGGAAAAUUGCGUCGCCGUGUAGAAAUUGCGGAAACCUGUGGCAAAUUCCCUGACCUUACAAUGUCGUGAAUACAGAUGGUGCCGAAUUUCAUCAAAACAUCAAAACAAUUGUGAAUAUUGUUAAACGUGAAAAUCAUAAUUAUUCAGAAAAUUUUAACUUGCAUCCAGAUCGUAGUACCUUUGGUAUUAUAGUUACAACAUUAGUAUAUUCGUAAUUCUUCUUUCAAUAUAAACUUUGUAGUUAUAUGUGCUAAUUUGUAAAGUGUCAAUUAGGCUUCUCAAACUCUGGCUACGAGGUUGUAACUAAAGCUUGGACUUUUUUGCGGUAUGGAAAAUUUAUGCAUCAUUAUGAUUUCAUGCGUGAUUAAAUUUAUUUUAAUUUGUACAAAAAGACCAAGUUGUAAUGGUUCGGCGUGGACUUAAAUACACCAAUAAAAUUUUUAUUGCUUUGUCAGCCGUUCAUAUGGAACAUUUCAAACCUUCCCUCCUCCCCAUAUUACCAUAAAUCGCGUAUUUAACCUUUCGAUUGGGGCGUAAGGUGGUUGACAAAAACAAUCUUUUUUCACUUUGAAGUCAACCUCGUUUGGGAACAAGGUUGCUUUGAAGUCUGGUAAUCAAAAAAAUUUGCCUUCGAAAAAAUUGAAAGACCCUUAUAACCACCGAUCUAUCUCUCUAGUGUUCGGUCCUAGCACAGGUCCAUUCUGCAUGGCAUACACGUUCUUCGUGCAUUUCUGUUCUUCGUGUAUUUUCUAUAAUAGGGCUGUCGCCAAACCGUUUUAUUUAACGCCUUUGUCUCUUUUUGUCUCUUGUAGAGAGCCCAGAAUCGUGGAAAUGGGAAGAGAGUUCGAAAGUUCAUCGAGAGAAGUUUACUAAGCUGCUCCAAUAUGGAAAAGACUAUCCGAAAGAGGUCAACGACGUUAACGGAGUACGCGUUUGUUGCUCGAAGGAGUUUCUCAUUGGGAAGGGAAAUGAUGGCACUCGAGUCUAUGUAGGUUUAGGGAAAGAUGGAUACGAAAAGGCUGUAAAGCGUUUGCCAAGAGAUGCUUGCACUGGCGUAGCUGAACACGAAAAGAGGGUUUUGAACGAACUCAAUGCAACUAAGUCAAACUAUGUUGUAAAUUAUUGGUUUUUAGACGAACAAAGCGAUAAGGACUACUUAUUUUUAAUCUUGGAUUUAUGUGAGGAAACGUUGGCAAAUUUUGUUGCUGGCAACAGUUUGGAGGAUCUAGUAACAAUUGCGCCAGAUAUCAUUCGGCAAGUUUUGAAAGGAUUGGCUGAUCUCCAUCGCCAUCCAAAGCCCAUUUUGCAUCGUGAUUUGAAACCAUCCAAUAUCUUGCGAGACGUCGACGGUAAUUGGUUGCUGGCCGACUUUGGAAUCAGUCGAAUCUUAACGGCAGAUACCAAUACCCAUCCAAGUGAACAGAGGGGAACGAAUGAUUGGAGAGCCGUUGAAUCUUCAUAUCAUUCGAAUUGCAUGACUGACGAUAGCAAAGUACGUUAUAAGAAAGAAUCCGAUAUUCAGGUA